AUGCUUCCGACCACACGGCAGCGCUUGGCCACUCGCCGCCGCCUUACCCAGCGACUUUUCGAGCUCCCCGCUCGCGAAUUCACCAGCAACACAGCGCUCGCGUCCCGUGUGCGACCACAGCUUCCUUUCCUCUCGAUACCACUAACGACACGACGGCGCAAAGUCCGCUACUUCACCACCGAAAACAAGCUAUGGCUGAGGCAUGAGGGCCGGCUCUUCCUCCGGUACAACAUCUCCAUCUGGGGCUCUCUCGUCUGCGUUGUCGCCAUCGGAUUCAUGCUCAACCAAGAAUGGUUGGAAAAAGACUUCCCCACGCCGCACGAGUGGUCGUUCCUGACGCGCAUGGGCGUUCGGGGCGCGAAGAGUGCGCAGCGGGUUGCCGGGAAUCGGGGCACGAAUUAUGACGAGAUUAUCGUGUCGUGCCAGAGUGCCCUGAAGAGACUCGAGGACCCCCAGAUUGAUGGCGCCGGUGUUCGGGAGCUUCUUGGUGAUGAGCCGUUGUCCAUUGACGGUCUGGGGAGUGUGGGCAAGGACAUUUCGACCAAGGACGAAAACUGGAGGCGAGGCUACUACGAGGUCAUGAUGCUGCUGGCGACGACGCUCGAGCAGGUGGACGGCUGGGUCAAAGAUCGCACUCGCAACAUUGUCUGCCCCCCGGCCAUGGUUGUCGGACCCUCGAACCCCCGGCCUCAGCCCAUGCCUGUCGGAGCUCCUGGUGCGCCGAAAGAACAAGACUGUGAGGUGGCCUACGAGUCUGCGGAGAAUGCCUAUCUUCGCAUCCUGACGACCAAGGGCUUCAGCACCAAGCAGAGACUCGAUGCGGCGCUUGCGUAUGCUUCCUUCUUGGACUUCAAGAAGGUGCCGGAGGCUGCUGCAAGGGUGUACGACUGGGCACUCUCCAUUGCCUUGGAGACUGUCGACCCAUCUUCGCCUCCUGUUGUUGACCGUCGGACAUUGACCCUCAACGACAGGUCGGCGGCCCCCUCGGAGAACGUCCUGGCCAAGUCAUUCGAUUCAUCGCCAUCAAACUUCUGGCAAAAACUGUGGGCACUGGCACAGCCACCACAGUACCCCCCGCCUCCGCCUGAUGGAACAACUCCCCCAUGGCGCGACAACAAGCAGCUUUGCGAGGAGGCGGCCCUUCACCUCUACAUUGGCGAGAUUCUUUACUCGAGCAACGAUACACUGCGAACACGCGAGGAAGGUCUCACCUGGACACGCGACGGUGUGGACCUCGCGGAAGAACAGCUUCGCGAGCUGGGCCCCGCCACGGCGGCGAACCGAGCGACGAAGACGACCUGCAGGGAGUGUUUGGGCACAGGGCUGCACAACUGGUCGCUCAUGGUCAAGCGGCUGGCAAAGGAGGAGAAGGCACAGCAGCAGGAGGCUGAGAGGAAAGCGGCGGCGGCGGCAGGGUCUACAUCCAAGCUUGGGCGCUUCUGGUCGAGUGCGCCAAACCCGAAGGAGGCAGGCACGCGCUGGGCAGCGGAAGAAAAGGUCGUGUACGAGCGUAUUCGGAGGACAAACGAGCUGCUGGUAGAUGUGGCGCCGCCGUCGGCUGGCUUGUCAGAUCUGCUCCGGGCGUAG